AUGGCGCAACAGCGCGAAAAAGGCGGCCGGGUGGUCUUCAUCGGCAACAUCCCAUACGGAGUCAGCGAGGAACAGAUAUGCGAGAUCUUCGGUCGCGUCGGCAGUGUCGUGGGCUUUAGACUAGUCUACGACAAGGAGACCCAGCGACCCAAAGGUUUCGGCUUCCUCGAAUACACAGACGUGGAUGCGGCAGCGAGUGCAGUGCGGAAUCUCAAUGAAUUCGAGAUCAUGGGCCGGACGUUACGUGUGGAUUAUAGCAACGAUAACGGAGGCGGCAAGGGAAAGACGGGAGGAGAUGGUGUGGACGGAGGGAACAGGGCCCCUCCUCCGGCACAAUUCGGCGGCACGGCUGUCCCAUCACUUCCCCCAGGACAAACACUACUGGAUGGCCUGACCGCACCGGACGCGAUCAGCAAGACUCUUGGCGCCAUACCUGCACCACAACUACUAGACUUCAUUAGCCAAAUGAAGACCCUUACGACACAAAGUCCUGCUCAGGCGACAGCUGUGCUCGCCCAAGCGCCUCAACUCGGAUAUGCGGUCUUUCAGGCGUUGCUCCUCCUUGGUCUAGUAGACACCUCAAUCCUCGCCUCCCUCAUACAGCAAACGGCACAAGCGCCAGCCGCAGCUCCACCGCCACAGCAACAGCAAGCACCACCCCCACAACAAAUGCCAUACGGCCAACCCCCACCCAACAUGCCACCUUACGGCCAACCGCCUCAGCAACAAUACGCGCCACCACCGCAACAUCAAAUGCCUCCUCAACACCAAUACCCACCGCAAGGAUAUGCGCCUACUCCACCAGUCCAACAGCCUGCAUAUCAACCUCCGCCACAACAGCAGCAGCCGCCACAACCGCAACUUGCGGCUCUACCGCCGGAUCAGCGGGCAAUGGUUGAGCAGAUCCUAGGCAUGACUCGGGAGGCGAUUUUUGCUUUGGAUGAUGCGUCUAGGGCGCAGAUUAUGCAGUUGAGGGCGCAGUUUGGGAAGCAUGAUAUAUAA